AUGGAUGAGGGGGAGGGAGGGGCUGCUGCAUCCAAAGGGAAAUCCCGAAUCCCGGUGGGAUUGUUGGAUUGGGACGCCUCGGGAAUCGAUCCCGGGGAUUCCGGGUUAUCCCAAAUCCUGGGAAUCUGGGUGCUCCAAAUCCUGGGAAUCUGGGUUAUCCCAAAUCCUGGGAAUCUGGGUUAUCCCAAAUCCCGGGAAUCUGGAGGGGGAUCCAGAGGGAUGGGAAUGAGGAUCAUCCCAAAUCCAGGGAUCUGGGUUAUCCCAAAUCCAGGGAUCUGGGUGCUCCAAAUCCCGGGAAUCUGGAGAGCUGGGAUCCAGAGGGGUGGGAAAGAGGAUCCUCCCAAAUCCAGGGAUCUGGGUUAUCCCAAAUCCUGGGAAUCUGGAGGGGGAUCCAGAGGGAUGGGAGUGAGGAUCAUCCCAAAAAUCCAGGGAUCUGGGUUAUCCCAAAUCCUGGGAAUCUGGGUUAUCCCAAAUCCAGGGAUCUGGGUUAUCCCAAAUCCUGGGAAUCUGGGUUAUCCCAAAUCCCGGGAAUCUGGAGGGCUGGGAUCCAGAGGGAUGGGAAUGAGGAUCAUCCCAAAUCCAGGGAUCUGGGUUAUCCCAAAUCCUGGGAAUCUGGAGGGGGAUCCAGAGGGAUGGGAGAGAGGAUCCUCCCAAAUCCCGGGAUCUGGGUUAUCCCAAAUCCUGGGAAUCUGGGUUAUCCCAAAUCCUGGGAAUCUGGGUUAUCCCAAAUCCCGGGAAUCUGGAGAGGGAUCCAGAGGGAUGGGAGAGAGGAUCCUCCCAAAUCCAGGGAUCUGGGUGCUCCAAAUCCCGGGAAUCUGGAGGGGGAUCCAGAGGGAUGGGAGUGAGGAUCCUCCCAAAUCCAUGAGAUCCAGAUCCUCCCAAAUCCUGGGAAUGGGAAUAAUCCCAGAUCUCAGGAAUCCAGUGAGAUCCUGCUGGGAACGUCGGCUCUGGAAUUCUGGGGGGGAGGAAAAACCGCUGGGGGAUGGGUGGGGAUCCCAAAUUUCCGGGAUCUGGGAAGAGGGAGGGGAAGGGAAGAGAAGGGAAAAGGGAAAAGUGGGAAGAGGGAAAAGUGGGAAAAGAGGGAAAAGCAGGAAAAGGGAAGAACAGGAAUCAGGGAAGAUUCCUGAAUUUUCUCCCACUAUUGACAUCACCUCCACUUCCUUCCCGUUUUCCCACCUUUUUUCCAUGGAAUCCCUUUCCCAGCUGGCCCGGCUGAGCCUGGAAUGGGAAGAGAAGGAAAAAGGGAAGAGGGAAAAGCCGGAAAAGGGAAGAUCAGGAAAAGGGAAGAUCAGGAAUUAG